AUGUUACGGUUGAAGUUUCUGUCUCAAUCCCUUUCUUUUUUCUUUCUCAUUUUCUGUUUGUAUUUUCUUCAAUGUUUUUUCUUCUUUGUUUUUUUCUUUCUUUCUUUUUCCUCUUCUUUCAUUUCAUUCUUUAUCAUUCCAUUUUCUUUCAUUAUUUGUGUUUUCUUUCACUUUAUUCUCAACUUUCUUUUUAAUUUUUCUCAACAUUAUUUGUGCUUUUCUUUCUUUCAUUUUAUUCAAUUUAUUCUCAACUUUCUUUUUCAUUUUUCUCAUCAUUAUUCGUGUUUUUCUUUCUUUUCAUUCACUUUAUUCUCAACUUUUCCAUUAUCUUCUUCCCAUUAUUCGACAUUCUUUCUUCGUUGUUUCCUCUUUUUCAUAUUUUUUCUUUCUUUUCAUUUGUUGAAUUUUCAAAUUUCUUUCCUCUUUAUCAUUUUCUUUCCAUUUCUCAAUAUAAUUUCAUUCAUUCAUUCAUUCAUUCUUUUCACCACUUUCUUGUCUCUCCUUUCAUUCUUUCAUUGUCUUGUAAAUUUUCUUUCUUUCUUUCUCGUUUAUCAUUCUACAUUUCUCUUUCUCAUUUAUAAUUGUCUCCGUCAUUUUCUGUUUUCAUAUUCCUAUUUAUUUUCUUUCUUUCUUUCUUUCUUUCUUUCUUUCUUUCUUUCUUUUUCAUUCCACUUGCUUUCCUUACACUCCUUUUCUUUCUUUCUUUCUUUCUUUCUUUUCUUUCUUUCUUUCUUUCUUUCUUUCUUGUUCAUUUCAGUUCCCUCCAUUAAUUCCUUUUGUUUGUUACUCUACUUUUUCUUUUUCAUUUCGAUUCCGUUCCUUCCUUUUUUCUUUCUUUCCUUUUCUUUCUUUCUUUCUUUCUUUUUCAUUUCACUUUCGUUCGUUCGUUCGUUCCUUUUCUUUCUUUCUUUCUUUCUUUCUUUCUUUCUUUCUUUCUUUCUCAUUUCACUUCCGUUCAUUCCAUUGCUUUUCAUUCUUUAA